AUGCAUUUCCCCAAGUUCGGUGGUAAAGACGUCGAGCACAAGGACCGUGCCGGCGACGUCCAGUCUCCCGAUGCCGCCUCCGCCGACAUCACGGCCGAGCAGAAGGUCACCUUCGCCGCUGCCUUCCUCGGCCUCGUCGCCUCCAUUGGAGGUUUCAUGUUCGGAUAUGUCAGUGGUCAGAUCUCCGGCUUCUUCCUGAUGGAAGACUACAUGGAGCGCUUCGGUGAGCUCCAGUCCGAUGGCUCUAUCGUCUUCUCCGCUGCCCGCCAGGGUACCAUCGUCGGUCUCCUCUGCAUCGGUUGUCUGGUCGGUGCCCUCAUCGCCGGCAAGCUCGCCGACACUCUUGGCCGUCGCCUUACCAUCUCCGCCUUUGCCUUCUGGUCUUGCGUCGGUAUUGUCAUCGAGGUCUCCUCCGAGAAGGCCUGGUACCAGUUCGCCAUCGGUCGCCUUGUCAACGGUGUCGGUAUCGGUGCUCUCUCCGUCGUCGUCCCCAUGUACCAGUCCGAGUCCACCCCCGCCAUCAUCCGUGGUGUCAUCGUCUCUACCUACCAGCUCUUCAUUACCCUCGGUAUCUGGACCGCCGAGAUGGUCAACUGGGGCACCAACAAGAAGGUCGGCAGUGCUUCCUGGCGCAUCCCCAACGGUCUCGGCUUCGCCUGGGCCCUGAUCCUCGGUGCCGGUAUCCUCAUGCUCCCCGAGUCUCCCCGUUACGCCUUCCGCAAGGGCCGUGAGGAGGAAGCCCGCAACACCAUCGCCAAGCUUGCCGGUGUCGAGCCCAACUCCCCCUCCGUCAACGCCCAGAUCGACGAGAUUCGCGCCAAGGUCGAGGAGGAGAGCGAGGGCGUCGACUCCAUCUUCGAGAUCUUCACCGGUCCCCGCAUGCUCUACCGUACCGUUCUCGGCGUCGUCCUCCAGGCCGGCCAGCAGCUGACCGGUGCCAACUUCUUCUUUUACUUCGGAACCACCGUCUUCUCCGCCACCGGUCUCAGCGACUCCUUCGUCACGCAGCUUAUUCUCGGCUCCGUUAACGUUGCUUGCACCUUCGGUGGUCUGUGGAUCGUCAAGAAUGCCGGUCGCCGCAUGGCUCUGAUUGUCGGUGCCCUCUGGAUGAUGGCCUGCUUCUUCGUCUACGCCUUUGUCGGCCACUUCGCCCUCGACCACAACGACCCGUCCAACACCCCCACCGCCGGCGCCGUUCUCGUUGCAUUCUCCUGCCUGUUCAUCGCCGGUUUCGCCACCACCUGGGGUCCCCUCGUCUGGGCCGUCGUCGCUGAGCUCUACCCUGCCCGCUACCGUGCCCCUGCCAUGGCCCUGGCCACUGCCUCCAACUGGCUCUGGAACUUCCUCAUGUCCUUCUUCACCCGUUACAUCACCGACGCCAUCGACUACCUCUACGGUCUUGUCUUUGCCGGCUGCUGCGGUGCCCUCGCCAUCAUCGUGUUCUUCUUCGUCAUCGAGUCCAAGGACCGCACCCUCGAGGAGAUCGACACCAUGUACGUCCAGAAGGUCAACCCCAUCACUUCCGCCAAGUGGGUUCCCCACGAGAAGCGCCACGGCGCCCACGAGUCCGCUUCCGCCAGCGACGCCGAGAAGAACGAGCCCGCCACCGCCUAA